CUGCCCAGAGGCUCCGAGCCCGCCCCGCCCCGCCCCCACCCAGCCCAGAGCCCACCCCUCGGCGGGGCCGACCCCGAGGGCAGCCGGCUGGCUGCAGACGGCGAGGGAGUCGAGCGAGCGCGGCGCCGUGAGCGGGCUGCGGGCAGCCAGGGACCGCAAACUUUGCUGCUGUUCGCCGCGCUUCUCCGGCCCGGCUCCUUCUCCGUUUGUUAUCGCCGCCAACCCCCCACUCUUCAUACCUCUCUCCACCCACCCAACCGACCACCGCUCCUCCUCGCCGCCUCGAGUCCGCUCGGGGGAAAACUUCAAAGCGCCGGAUCGCAGGCUCCCUGCCUACUCCCCGACCGGGGAUUUCAGACUAGACGCUUGAAGCAAAGCUGCCAUCCCAGAAGACGACAUGCUCUCAGCAACUCCCCUGUAUGGGAACGUUCACAGCUGGAUGAACAGUGAGAGGGUCCGCAUGUGUGGGGCGAGCGAAGACAGGAAAAUCCUUGUAAAUGAUGGUGACGCUUCAAAAGCCAGACUGGAACUGAGGGAAGAGAAUCCCUUGAACCACAACGUGGUGGAUGCGAGCACAGCCCAUAGGAUCGAUGGCCUGGCAGCACUGAGCAUGGACCGCACUGGCCUAAUCCGGGAAGGGCUCCGGGUCCCCGGAAACAUCGUCUAUUCUAGCUUGUGUGGACUGGGCUCUGAGAAGGGUCGGGAGACUGCCACAAGCACUCUAGGUGGCCUUGGGUUUUCUUCGGAAAGAAAUCCAGAGAUGCAGUUCAAACCGAAUACACCCGAGACAGUGGAGGCUUCCGCUGUCCCUGGAAAACCCCCAAAUGGCUUCAGUGCUAUAUACAAAACACCGCCUGGAAUACAAAAAAGUGCUGUAGCCACAGCAGAAACACUGGGCUUGGACAGGUCUGCCAGCGACAAACAGAGCCCUCUCAACAUCAAUGGUGCUAGUUAUCUGCGGCUGCCCUGGGUCAAUCCUUACAUGGAGGGUGCCACGCCAGCCAUCUACCCUUUCCUUGAUUCGCCAAAUAAGUAUUCACUGAACAUGUACAAGGCCUUGCUACCUCAGCAGUCCUACAGCUUGGCCCAGCCGCUGUAUUCUCCAGUCUGCACCAAUGGGGAGCGCUUUCUCUACCUGCCACCACCUCACUACGUCAGUCCUCACAUCCCAUCGUCCUUGGCAUCCCCCAUGAGGCUCUCGACGCCUUCGGCCUCCCCAGCCAUCCCACCUCUUGUCCAUUGCGCAGACAAAGGCCUCCCAUGGAAGAUGGGGGUCAGCCCUGGGAAUCCUGUUGAUUCCCAUGCCUAUCCUCACAUCCAGAACAGUAAACAGCCCAGGGUUCCCUCUGCCAAGGCAGUCACCAGUGGCCUGCCAGGGGACACGGCUCUCCUGUUGCCGCCCUCGCCUCGGCCCUCACCCCGGGUCCACCUUCCCACCCAGCCUGCUGCAGACACCUACUCGGAGUUCCACAAGCACUAUGCCAGGAUCUCCACCUCUCCUUCAGUUGCCCUGUCAAAGCCAUACAUGACAGUCAGCAGCGAGUUCCCCGCGGCCAGGCUCUCCAACGGCAAGUAUCCCAAGGCUCCAGAAGGGGGCGAAGGUGCCCAGCCAGUGCCCGGGCAUUCCCGGAAGACAGCGGUUCAAGACAGAAAAGACGGCAGCUCACCUCCUCUGUUGGAGAAGCAGACCGUUACCAAAGACGUCACAGAUAAGCCACUAGACUUGUCUUCUAAAGUGGUGGAUGUAGAUGCUUCCAAAGCUGACCACAUGAAAAAGAUGGCUCCUACGGUCCUUGUUCACAGCAGGGCUGGAAGUGGCUUAGUGCUCUCCGGAAGUGAGCUUCCGAAAGAAACACUAUCUCCUCCAGGAAAUGGAUGUGCUAUCUAUAGAUCUGAAAUCAUCAGCACUGCUCCCUCCUCCUGGGUGGUGCCUGGGCCAAGUCCUAAUGAAGAGAACAAUGGCAAAAGCAUGUCUCUGAAAAACAAGGCGUUGGACUGGGCGAUACCACAGCAGCGGAGUUCAUCAUGUCCCCGCAUGGGCGGCACCGAUGCUGUCAUCACUAAUGUUUCAGGGUCUGUGUCAAGCGCAGGCCGCCCAGCCUCCGCAUCACCAGCCCCCAAUGCCAAUGCAGAUGGCACCAAAACCAGCAGGAGCUCCGUAGACACCACACCAUCCGUUAUUCAGCACGUGGGCCAGCCCCCGACCACUCCUGCCAAGCACAGUGGCAGCACCAGCAGCAAGGGCACCAAAGCCAGCAACCCAGAACCGAGUUUCAAAGCAAAUGAGAACGGCCUCCCACCAAGCUCUAUAUUUCUGUCUCCAAAUGAGGCAUUCAGGUCCCCACCAAUUCCCUACCCCAGGAGUUACCUCCCUUACCCAGCCCCUGAGGGCAUUGCUAUAAGUCCCCUCUCCCUACAUGGCAAAGGACCUGUCUACCCUCACCCAGUUUUGUUACCCAAUGGCAGUCUGUUUCCUGGGCACCUUGCCCCAAAGCCUGGACUGCCCUAUGGGCUGCCCACUGGCCGUCCAGAGUUUGUGACCUACCAAGAUGCCCUAGGGUUGGGCAUGGUGCAUCCCAUGUUGAUACCACACACGCCCAUAGAGAUUGCUAAAGAGGAGAAACCAGAGAGGAGGUCCCGGUCCCACGAGAGAGCCCGCUAUGAGGACCCAACCCUCCGGAAUCGGUUUUCUGAGAUUUUGGAAACUAGUGGCACCAAAUUACAUCCAGAAGUCCCCACCGACAAGAACCUAAAGCCGAACCCCAACUGGAAUCAAGGGAAGACUGUUGUCAAAAGCGACAAGCUUGUCUACGUAGACCUUCUCCGAGAAGAACCAGAUGGUAAAACUGACACAAACGUGUCCAAACCCAGCUUCGCAGCAGAGAGCGUUGGCCAGAGUGCCGAGCCCGCCAAGCCAUCAGCCGAGCCGGCCCUGCAGCAGCACCGCGAUUUCAUCGCCCUGAGAGAGGAGUUGGGGCGCAUUAGUGACUUCCACGAAACUUAUUCUUUCAAACAGGCUCCAGGCCAGCCAGUCUUCAGCGUAAGCAAGGACAGUGUUCCGGCAGGUACCAACAAAGAGAACCUAGGGAUGCCAGUCUCAGCUCCAUUCCUGGAGACCACUCUGGGAAGCGAUGGUCCUGCUAUAACUUUUGGUAAAACCCAAGAGGAUCCCAAACCAUUUUGUGUGAGUGGUGCCCCACCAAGUGUGGACGUGACCCCCACCUAUACCAAAGAUGGAGCCGAUGAGGCCGAAUCAAACGAUGGCAAAGUUCUGAAACCGAAGCCAUCUAAGCUGGCAAAGAGAAUCGCCAACUCGGCGGGUUACGUGGGUGAUCGAUUCAAAUGUGUCACUACCGAACUGUAUGCAGAUUCCAGUCAGCUCAGCCGGGAGCAACGGGCAUUGCAGCGUGCAAUGAUGCGCUUCUCAGAGUUGGAGAUGAAAGAAAGAGAAGGUGGCCACCCAGCAACCAAAGACUCCGAGGUGUGCAAAUUCAGCCCAGCCGACUGGGAAAGGUUGAAAGGAAAUCAGGACAAAAAGCCAAAGUCGGUCGCCCUGGAGGAGGCCAUUGCCGACCAGAACGAAAGUGAGAGAUGCGAGUAUAGUGCUGGAAACAAGCACCACGAUCCCUUUGAAGCCCCCGAGGACAAAGACCUUCCUGUGGAGAAGUACUUUGUGGAGAGGCAGCCUGUGAGCGAGCCGCCCGCAGCCCAAGUGGCCUCGGACAUGCCGCCCAGCCCCACCCUCCGGGUGGACAGGAAACGCAAAGUCUCAGGUGACAGCAGCCACACUGAGACUACUACAGAGAAACUGCCAGAGGACCCUCUCCUGAAAACAAUGCAAAAACAGCUUUCUGUAGGGCUUCAUCCUAAGAAACGUCGCUUGAUGUUGUUUACAAAACAGUGGGAGCAGGAGGUGUUGGCAGCAGAGAGCAAACCUAAUUUGCAAAGCAGGAAGGAAGUGACCCAGGCCACUCAGCCUGAGGCCAUUCCUCAGGGGACUAACAUCACCGAAGAGAAACCUGGCAGAAAAAGGGCAGAGACCAAAGGCAACAGAAGCUGGUCGGAAGAGUCUCUCAAACCCAGUGACAAUGAGCAAGGCUUGCCUAUGUUCUCCGGCUCUCCGCCCAUGAAGAGUCUUUCAUCCACCACCAGUGCAGGCGGCAAAAAGCAGGCUCAGCCAAGCUGCGCACCAGCCUCCAGGCCGCCUGCCAAACAGCAGAAAAUUAAAGAAAACCAGAAGACAGAUGUGCUGUGUGCAGAUGAAGAAGAGGAUUGCCAGGCUGCCUCCCUGCUGCAGAAAUACACCGACAACAGUGAGAAGCCAUCCGGGAAGAGACUGUGCAAAACCAAACACUUGAUCCCUCAGGAGCCCAGGCGGGGAUUGUCACUGACAGGGGAAUACUACGUGGAGAAUGCCGAUGGCAAGGUGACUGUCCGGAGAUUCAGAAAGCGGCCGGAGCCCAGUUCAGACUACGAUCUGUCACCAGCCAAGCAGGAGCCAAAGCCCUUCGACCGCUUGCAGCAACUGCUACCGGCCUCCCAGUCCACGCAGCUGCCAUGCUCAAGUUCCCCUCAGGAGACCAUCCAGUCUCGCCCAAUGCCACCAGAAGCACGGAGACUUAUUGUCAAUAAGAACGCAGGCGAGACCCUUCUGCAGCGGGCAGCCAGGCUUGGCUAUGAGGAAGUGGUCCUGUACUGCUUGGAGAACAAGAUUUGUGACGUGAAUCAUCGGGAUAACGCAGGUUACUGCGCCCUGCAUGAAGCUUGUGCCAGGGGCUGGCUCAACAUUGUGCGACACCUCCUUGAAUAUGGCGCUGAUGUCAACUGUAGCGCCCAGGAUGGAACCAGGCCUCUGCACGAUGCUGUUGAGAACGAUCACUUGGAAAUUGUCCGACUACUUCUCUCUUAUGGUGCUGACCCCACCUUGGCUACUUACUCAGGUAGAACCAUCAUGAAAAUGACUCACAGUGAACUUAUGGAAAAGUUCUUAACAGAUUACUUAAAUGACCUACAGGGUCGCAGCGAUGAUGACUCUGGUGGCUCUUGGGACUUUUACGGCAGCUCUGUUUGUGAACCAGACGACGAAAGUGGCUAUGAUGUUUUAGCGAACCCCCCAGGACCAGAAGACCAGGAUGAUGAUGACGAUGCCUAUAGUGAUGUGUUUGAAUUUGAAUUUUCGGAGACCCCCCUCUUACCGUGUUAUAACAUCCAAGUAUCUGUGGCUCAGGGGCCACGAAACUGGCUACUGCUUUCAGAUGUCCUUAAGAAAUUGAAAAUGUCGUCCCGCAUAUUUCGCUGCAAUUUUCCAAACGUGGAAAUUGUCACCAUUGCAGAGGCAGAGUUUUAUCGGCAGGUUUCUGCAAGUCUCUUGUUCUCUUGCUCCAAAGACCUGGAAGCCUUCAACCCUGAAAGUAAGGAGCUGUUAGAUCUGGUGGAAUUCACAAAUGAAAUUCAGACUCUUCUGGGCUCCUCCGUAGAGUGGCUCCACCCAAGCGAUCUGGUCUCAGAGGACUACUGGUGAGCGAGCCAGACCCGCUGUGUACAGUGUGUUAUAGUGUUAAUCCUUGUGCAUAUGUGUCAUAAUACGACUAUUUCUGUAAAGAAAGGACACUAUUACAUAUGAAAAUAUCUCUUCUUUAUAUAAGAGAAAUUACUCCAGUCAGAAGGACUUAGAAACAUGUUUUUCUUUUACUUUUAAACUUUUAAGUCAGUUUUUAUGAAGCUGUUAUAAUGUUUCUUUACUUUUCAAUGCUCACAUGCUUUGGGAUAUGUUUGUUUUUACUUGGAACAUUUGUUUCUUUUCUUUUUUAAAGAGAAAAAAAAUGAGGAAAAAGAGCUCCACACUUUGACUUAAUUUCAUACAAAGCUCUGAUGACAGAGGCCAUGACUGUGUAGAGUGGUCAGAACUGUGUGGUUGGUUUCAGGGAGCGAAUUUGAGGAAGGCACUUGGUGAUAUAACUUUGUUUUGUUUACAGAGUACCUGCUCGGGCCAGGUAAAUGCUAUUGGAUGUAAUCCAGUAGUAUGUAAUAUAAAUUCAAACCAUAUCCACACACAACAACUAAUUGUAUGAAACUUUUAUAUUCUAAUUUAAAAGCUGUGAAAUUAGUUUUCACGCAUCAAACCGGAUUGUUUAUAUGUUUAAACAUUUUAUGCUCUUAUUUAAAGAAGACUUUGAGCUAUUUUUUUCUGUACCCUGUAAAAUAUUGAAAACUAACAUAAUAUGUUGAGGUUGCUCGGAAAUGUACAUAAAACUAAAAUUUUCUGAAUCGUGUGUUUAUGUUUGAAAUCUGUGUUUUAACUUUGUAAGUAAAUUCUCUGCCUUUGUAUUUAUAUUUUACAAAAAUUUUCUUAAAAGGCAAUAAAACUGUUGAGGAAAGGAGAAAAUUGAA